CGCUUGCUUUCCCCUACAUAUUGCCAAGAUCCGGUGGAACUGGGGGGCUCAUCGGAUCAGCAGGAUGUACCCACAGGGAAGGCACCCGACCCCACUCCAGUCCGGCCAGCCCUUCAAGUUCUCGAUCUUGGAGAUCUGCGACCGCAUCAAAGAAGAAUUCCAGUUUCUCCAGGCUCAGUACCACAGCCUCAAGCUGGAAUGUGAGAAGCUGGCCAGUGAGAAGACAGAAAUGCAGCGACAUUAUGUCAUGUAUUAUGAGAUGUCCUAUGGGCUCAACAUUGAAAUGCAUAAGCAGGCUGAGAUUGUGAAGCGCCUCAGUGGUAUCUGUGCUCAGAUUAUCCCCUUCCUGACCCAGGAGCAUCAGCAACAGGUGCUCCAAGCUGUGGAGCGUGCCAAGCAGGUGACCGUUGGAGAGCUGAACAGCCUGAUUGGGCAGCAGCAGCUCCAGCCACUGUCUCACCAUGCCCCGCCCGUCCCCCUCACCCCUCGCCCAGCUGGGCUGGUGGGUGGCAGUGCCACAGGGCUGCUCGCCCUGUCUGGAGCACUGGCUGCCCAAGCCCAGCUGGCAGCAGCCGCCAAGGAAGACCGUGCAGGUGUGGAGGCUGAGGGGACCAGAGUGGAGAGAGCCCCAAGCAGGAGUGUGUCACCAUCACCUCCUGAGAGUCUGGUGGAGGAAGAGCGAUCAAAUGGCCCUGGUAGCAAUGGGAAGCAGAGAACAGAGGAAAAGGAUCUGCCAGGACCUUAUGAAAGCGAUGAAGAUAAGAGUGACUACAACCUGGUAGUGGAUGAGGACCAACCCUCAGAGCCCCCCAGCCCAGCCACCACCCCCUGUGGAAAGGUGCCCAUCUGUGUUCCCGCCCGUCGGGACCUCGUGGACAGUCCAGCAUCCUUGGCCUCCAGCCUGGGCUCACCGCCCCCCAGAACCAAGGAGCUUGUCCUGAAUGACCUUCCCACUAGCACUCCUGCCUCCAAGUCCUGUGACUACCCACCCCAGGAUGCAUCCACACCAGGGCCCAGCUCAGCCAGUCACCUCUGCCAGCUCACUGCCAAGCCAACGCCCUCCACAGACAGCAUUGCCCUGAGGAAUCCCCUGACUCUGUCCAGUCCCUUCACCACGUCCUUCAACCUAGGCUCCCACAGCACCCUCAACGGGGAACUCUCUGUGCCUAGCUCCUACGUCAGCCUACACCUGUCCCCCCAGGUCAGCAGCUCUGUGGUGUAUGGACGCGCCCCGAUGAUGGCAUUUGAAUCACACCCACAUCUUCGAGGGUCGUCCAUCUCUUCCUCCCUGCCCAGCAUCCCUGGGGGAAAGCCGGCCUACUCCUUCCACGUGUCCGCUGACGGGCAGAUGCAGCCUGUGCCCUUCCCCUCGGACGCGCUGGUGGGCGCAGGUAUCCCGCGGCACGCCCGUCAGCUACAUACCCUGGCGCACGGCGAGGUGGUCUGCGCGGUCACCAUCAGCGGUUCCACGCAGCACGUGUACACGGGCGGCAAGGGCUGCGUGAAAGUGUGGGACGUGGGCCAGCCUGGCGCCAAGACGCCGGUAGCCCAGCUGGACUGCCUGAACCGAGACAACUAUAUUCGUUCCUGCAAGUUGCUGCCUGAUGGCCGGAGUCUGAUCGUAGGGGGCGAGGCCAGCACCUUGUCCAUUUGGGACCUGGCAGCACCCACCCCCCGCAUCAAGGCCGAGCUGACCUCCUCAGCCCCGGCCUGCUAUGCCCUGGCAGUCAGCCCUGACGCCAAGGUCUGCUUUUCCUGCUGCAGCGAUGGCAACAUUGUGGUCUGGGACUUGCAAAACCAGACUAUGGUCAGGCAGUUCCAGGGUCACACAGAUGGUGCCAGCUGCAUCGACAUUUCUGAUUAUGGCACUCGGCUCUGGACAGGGGGCCUGGACAACACGGUGCGCUGCUGGGACUUGCGCGAGGGCCGCCAGCUGCAGCAACACGACUUCAGCUCCCAGAUUUUUUCCCUGGGCCACUGCCCCAACCAGGACUGGCUGGCUGUCGGGAUGGAGAGCAGCAAUGUAGAGAUCUUGCACGUCCGCAAGCCAGAGAAGUACCAGCUGCACCUGCAUGAGAGCUGUGUGCUCUCCCUCAAGUUUGCAUCCUGCGGGCGGUGGUUUGUGAGCACUGGGAAGGACAACCUGCUCAAUGCCUGGAGGACACCAUAUGGGGCCAGCAUCUUCCAGUCUAAGGAGUCAUCCUCAGUCCUGAGCUGUGAUAUCUCCAAGAAUAACAAAUACAUCGUGACAGGCUCGGGGGACAAGAAGGCCACUGUGUAUGAGGUGGUCUACUGAGAACCCCUCUUCUACAUGCCCAGCCUGACUUGUGAGGGACAGGGAAUCCUGGACAGAGAGCCAGCAGCUCCCACUCCAGCCAUGCUUGUGAGCGCUAAGCCCAUGUGAUGUAUGGCUGACUACCUCCCUGCUGGGUUUGUGGCUAAGGGGCAAGGGAUGUUGG